AUGGAGGCAAGCUUGGCGUUCCGGGUCCAGCAGCGGUCGACGAUGCGCAUCUUCAUCUCCGAGCACAAGUGGAAGGAGGGCCUGCCGACCGAGGAAGAAGCGAUCAUGGUACUCAAUCAAGGCGACGAUAGCGCGAUCCCCGUGCCGGCCGUCUUCAUGUUCGUGGCCGGGAUGCCGGUCGUCGUGAACCACAACACCCAUCAGGGGCUGAAGUUGGUGAACGGCGCCGGCUACUCGGCGGUGGAGGUCAUUGUCGACAAGGCGUCCCCAGGGCAUCGAAUCUCGUCCGACAUGACGAUCCACUUCGGGCCGCCGGCGGGGAUAUUACUGGAAUCGGCGACGACAAAGGACCUCCACUUCAACGACGUCAGCCGGAAGGGAUUGCCGUGCGCAGCAGCCUUCGCCUGCACGGACUACAAGGUGCAGGGCAGAACGCCAGAGCGCGUGGCCCUGGAGCUGCGGGGACACGGACGACGAAAGUCGAUGGAAGGGCCGUGCCUCGCAAUGCGACCCGUACAGCUUAUAUGUGCAGCUAUCGCGCUGUCGAACGCUAGACGGCAUCACGCUCGUGUCCAAGGCCAGGCUGGAGGUGCUAAGCGAGAGGACUGUCGAGGAAGCUUUGCGUCGGUCGGAUGGCGACGCUGA